CAAAUAGACAUCAAAAUUAGGGAUUUGGUUCUGUCUGUCCUCAGCAUUUUGUCGAAAGAUUUCCUUCUCUCUAAACAAUGGAAUCGUUCGCUUCCUUCUUUGACUCUGAAUCGUCUUCAAGGAAUCGUUGGAGCUACGACUCUCUCAAGAACUUCCGUCAGAUCUCUCCUGUAGUCCAGACUCAUCUCAAGCAGGUUUAUCUGACUUUAUGUUGUGCUCUGGUUGCAUCGGCCGCUGGGGCAUACCUCCAUAUUCUGUGGAACAUUGGUGGUCUAUUAACAACUUUUGCAUGCUUUGGAUGCAUGACUUGGCUACUUUCCAUAUCUCCUUAUGAAGAGCAAAAGAGGCUUGCUCUCUUGAUGGCAGCUGCACUCUUUGAAGGGGCAUCCAUCGGUCCUCUGAUUGAUUUGGCCAUUCAGAUUGAUCCAAGUGUUCUGAUUACAGCAUUUGUGGGAACAGCGGUGGCAUUUGGAUGUUUCUCAGCUGCGGCUAUGUUGGCUAGGCGUAGAGAAUAUCUUUACUUGGGUGGCUUGCUUUCCUCUGGCCUGUCCAUCCUUCUAUGGGUGCACUUUGCAUCUUCCAUCUUUGGGGGAUCUGCAGCCCUCUUUAAAUUUGAGCUGUAUUUUGGGCUUCUGGUGUUUGUGGGCUAUGUGGUGGUUGACACCCAGGAUAUCAUUGAGAAAGCUCACCUUGGUGAUCGGGACUAUGUGAAGCAUGCCCUGAAGCUUUUCACUGACUUUGUUGCUGUGUUUGUCCGAAUUCUUAUAAUCAUGUUAAAGAAUUCAACUGAGAAGGAGAAGAAGAAGAAAAGAAGAGAUUGAGUUUGAGUGGAAGACCGACUAUGUGCUCGAUAAAAUGAACCUGGUUCUCUGUUUCUUGACUGAGCAAAACUCUUGUGUCAAUUGUUUGAACUUGUAAUAUAGUAGAAGUGUUGGCAGUAGCAUUUGUCUGGUUUUCUGUAAAUGCUUGAAAGUUGCUUGCAAGAUCGUGGCAUGAGUAGGAGGCCUAAGUUCUCUACCAUGAAACUUGGUGUUCAAUAUUGUGACCUCAUUUUGUAAGUUCAGUUUUACACGAGCGUUUGUUUUUCUUUCAA